AUGUCUGUACGAUCUUGUUUUACGCUUGAUGGACAAGAAAUUAAUCAAGAAAUUAGAAGAGAAACUGCAUCAGAGGCUGAUGGCAGAGAAACUUUAGUGAGACGAAGUUCAAGACUAAACGUACUGAAUAAAGGGAGAAAUCUAGAAGAAGAUUUCGCUGAGAAAGCAAAUGCGUUGUUUAGAUCUCGAGCAGGACAUAUUAGUACUUUAACGAGAAUACAAGGUGACAUUGAAACAAUUAUGUGUGCAUAUGAGGAGACGAUUGAAGUUAUGUCGAGAAAGGCAAAGUAUGAUGAUGCUUGGCGAAAAUUUGUAAACGCUCAGGAACAAUAUAUUGAAUAUAUAAUUUCAAAGGAAGAAAAAGAAAAGGCACUUCUGAGUUAUGAAAGGCAGAAGAUAAGAAAAUUGUAUUUUGAUGAGGAAGUUCAGCAAUGGUGCAAAAAUCUCGAAUUGGAAGCAAGAGAAAAUGCAGAAGAAGUGUCAAACUCUGGCAAGAAGCAAAGUGGAACAGCCCGAACAGGUAAUCUUUCUGAAAUGUCUAGUCGGAGUGGAAGGUCAACAGCUAUAUCAAGAAAGGCAGAGAAGUUGGCUUUAGCAAAGCUGAAAGUUACGCAGUUGAAGAAACAACAUCAGCUUGAAAGGAAAAUGACUGAAUUGAAGUUUGAAAAGGAAAUUAUGGAAGCACAAAUGGAAGAAGAGCGUGCAGCGGUAAGUCUUAUUUAUGAACCAGAUAAUGAGGAAGAACAUAAUUUAGAUCACUAUGAAGAAGACAGAUUACAACUUAGAGACGGUGCUAUGAAUUGGUCUGGCUUUAAAUCAGUAAAUCCUAUACAAACUAGUAAAGCUAAUAGAGAAACAUUUAACUUUCCGAGGGAACUUUAUGUAUCUAGAGGGUCAAAGAUUGAAGAAUCCACACCUAGUCAGAAACAAGAGGGUGUUUCGAGAUAUUAUGUGGAUCAACCUACUCUGAGGCAAUACGGACAAGAACUGCCAGAGUUAAGUCAAAACACUGCAUUUACAGAAUUAUGCCGCCCGCCAGUGAAAGUGUUAGCAGAAGAAGUUUGGAGUCAGGAAGCACAAGCAACAAUAGAAACAGAUAUUGGACCGUUGCAAACAUUGAGAGAUUUAGUGGGAAAUCCAGAAGUGUCUAACCAGCCGAUUGGGCAAGGAAUAUCACAGUUUAACGAACAGUGUCAACCACGAACGACCUCCUGGCCCCAGAUAUCUCAACCACCGCAGCGAACGACAACGACCUCUUGGCCCCAGACAUCUCAACCACCGCAGCGAACGACAACGACCUCUUGGCCCCAACCAUCUCAACCACCGCAGAGAACGACAACGACCUCUUGGCCCCAACCAUCUCAACCACCGCAGCGAUAUAUUCAUCGUGAUGUGGAGUCCUUGCCAAGGAUG